CCACGCCUCUUACGUAUGACGCAAUUACGUCGAGAGGAAGAGUUUCAGGAAAAACGUGUACGGCACAUUGCUAGUAAUAAUCAUGGAUUCAACUGAAUCAAUAUUAUCCUCCUUGGGCGUGGAGCGUGCUUCGGCAGCGGCACAUGCUCUGUCUCUCCCUGCGGAUGCAUAUGGCAAUGAUCCCCAACUGGAGAUGAUGUGGGCCAUGAAGGCAUACAACCAUGCAGAAGUGUACUUCAACUUGAUUUCUUCAGUGGAUCCCAAGUUUCUCAAACUAACAAAACAAGAUGACAACAUCCAUUCUGCGUUCACUGAGAGCUUCAGUGACCUCAACCUGGAUGUUCUGGACCCAGACCACCUGAAGACUCCUGAGGCUAAAGAGAGAUGGAGACCAUUCUGUAAUCAGUUUGAAGGCGUUGUUGAUGACUUCAACUACGGUACACUGCUUCGUCUGGACAGCAAGAAAGACUACACAGAGGAAAACACAAUUUUCGCCACCAGAAUCCAGUUUUUUGCCAUCGAAAUCGCCCGUAACCGUGGAGGCUUCAACGAUACAGUGUUUAACGCUAAAGCCAAGCAACAGAAUGAGAAACAGAGUUCGUAGCCAGCAAAAGUGGCGUCACCCAUGGCCUUUAGUGUGUAAAGUCUUUCUGUGAUAUGAGAAAGCGGAGAGUGCUAACUGGAGAAUGGAUCAUUGAGACAGAAGUAUUUAAUUAAAACUGGAAGAUAUUUUGUUGCAGGUGGCAUCAUGUCUAAAGAUGUUCAGUGCCAAGGUAGUCUUCCAGGAUCAGUAAAUCUGUCCAUUUUAUGUUUGUUUCACAACAUUUGUGACGAAAAGAGGAGUGGCACUAUUGUAAGUGAAUACCGCUAUCUCCUUUUUAAAACGACGUUCCCAAUGCUAUACCCAACAUGUAUUCUUUCUGUAUGGUCAAGUGUACCUUUUCAACCAAGUGGGUAGCAAGUUUUUUUUUGUUUAAAACUGAAUUAUGCAGAAUAAAAAUGGAGCUUCAUGUAUACAAACCA